AUGUGGGGGACGUGGAAACAGGUCCGGGGCGUGGUCCAGGGCGUCAACUUCCGCCGCUGGACGGCCAAGCAGGCGGGCGCGCUCGGGCUGGUGGGGUGGGUGCGAAACACGCCGGACGGGCACGUCGAGGGCGCGGCGGUGGGGAAAGACGAGAGCGUCGAGAAGUUUAAGACGUUGUUGUGGGAAGGCCCGAGCGUCGCGAACGUGUCGGCGGUGGAGAUCGUGAAGGAGCAUGAGGUCGGGGAGGAGGAGGAGGGGAGCGCGACGUUCACGAAGUUUGAGAUUAGACGGUGGUGA